AAGCAACUGCAACUGGUGACAUCGAUCUCCUAGCUCUCGUACUAUCUCGACGAGACUACCAGCGUCACCUAGUGCGAGCUGGGGGUAUACCGGACCUGCUGAGGCAGCUCAGUCUAGCGCCUGACUUUUACGUUGAGAUGAAGUGGGAGUUUACUAGUUGGGUGCCCCUAGUAUCCCGCAUGUGUCCGUUCGACACUUACAAAGUGUACAAGCGCGGCGGCAAUGUGCGCGUGGACACCACUCUCGUCGGUUUCGAGAACAAUCGCUGGCAACGGGGGGACCGCACUUACAUUUUCAGGGGGCAAGGUCGCACAGCAAGUUUGAUAGAACUCGAUCACGAACUGGGCACAUCGUGGACGGAGUUCCUUGAACCGCUGGAAGGCAGCCGCGACUGGCCGGCCGCGCCUCGGCAGGCGCUCGAGCAGCGAAUGGCUGCGCCGCUUUGCCUCAACUACUUGGACACCGACAAGAUUAGCUUCGAACGCAACAAGAGCGGCAUCUGGGGCUGGCGGCAGGACAAGACGGAGCCCGUGAGCGGCUACGAGUGCAAGGUGUUCAGCGCCAACAACGUGGAGCUGGUUUCCAAGACGCGCUGCGAGCACUUGCCCAAGGGCGCGGCCGCCCGCCCGGCGCGCGCGCCGCUGGCCGGCCUGCUGGCGCUGGCCAAGGACGACGCGCCCGACGCCGUCCAGCCGCUGCUGCCCGACGCGGACAAGGAAGAUUCCCCUCGCGGUAGUGGUUCAAAAGAGAACCUGCGACCGGUUACAUGGGAGGAGUACUUUUCUAGUGAACCGCUGGAGAACGACAUCGGCCGGCCGAAGGACAUCACGACUAAAGUGCAAAAAUUCAGAGCUACUCUGUGGUUAUGUGAAGAUUACCCUUUAGAGUUACAAGAACAAAUAAUGCCGAUUCUGGACUUGAUGGCCGCGAUAUCAUCGCCACACUUCGCCAAGCUCAAGGACUUUGUACAGAUGCAGCUUCCGGCUGGCUUCCCUGUUAAAAUUGAAAUCCCCCUGUUCCACGUGCUGAAUGCGCGGAUCACGUUCGGCAACAUCUUCGCGAUGGACUCGCCCGUGCCUCACGUAGAGUGCAUCCACGAAGGCGACCGCCUCUCCUGCGUGCUCGACGACGCCUGCUUCGCCAUCGGACGAGGAUAUCGUGAUGCAGCAGCGCACGACGACCGACUAUCGUGUGACGACGAAGAGAGCCUUCUUCAGUACGCCAUACAACAGAGCCUCAUGGAGGUGGGGACACAUGAUGACCAGGUGGACGUGUGGGAGGCGCUGCGCGGCGCCCGCCCCGUCACACCCGGCGCCACGACGCCGCAGCGCGACGCGGCCGACUCCCCCAGGGACCUCUUAGCGCACGAGGAGAGGCAGCUGCAAAGAGCGAUAGAAGCCUCCCUGGCAUCGAUAUCGCUUACACCAUCAGUACAAACGCCGGAUCCUGUGGAAACGGAAACAGAUGCGGAUAGAGAGCUCCAGGAGGUCCUAGCUCUCAGUGCGAGAGAGCAAGCAGAUAUGGAACAGCAGUUGGCAAGGGAGCAGAGAGCUUUGGACGAGGUUUUACGCCUGUCUAUGCUGGAACAGUGACCGAUCUCAUAAAUCAGUAUAAAGCGUCCACCAAAAGAAGACUACGCCUAAAAUACUUGUAUUUAACUAUUACAUAGCUGAAUUUUACACCUUAGCUACCCUAUAAAUAUUUAUUAUUAUACUACGUUAUGUUAAAUAUUGUACAAUUGUAAAAAAAUGUAAUUGUCGGAUUAUGAUAAGAUGAUCUUUCUGGCAAUAUGUUUAUAUUUGUAGUUACUACAGUAAAGAUAAUCGGGGCUCCUGUAUUAAGUGCGCAUCGGCUAAAAUGUCACUCAUAUCUUCGGAGUACAUAUUUCAUUGGCUUCAUGGAUGAUACUAUCUCAAGUGACCAAGACUAUGCACUUAAUGAAAUGGUCAACAGAUCAUUUUAAUGACAUACGGCAGUUUGCUUUGGAGUAAUAUGCCUUGGGUAUGUUGAAUCCACCGGACGUGAUUUUGGCAAUAAUUAUUCUAUGUUAAUCGCUCAGUGCAAUGAGUACGUGACAUAUAAAACGUACUAUAGUUUAUUGUAGCUCUCUAGCAUAAGACAAUAAUGGAAUAAAUCCAUUUUAAUGAAUAUAUGUACAAAAUAAUAGUUCAAAACGAGGCUCAGAAC